CACCUCUCGCGAGAGGACACCGCGCCCCACAGUAAUGGACGUCGGGGGGAACCACAGUGGGAACGGUGGUGGGCUCCCAGUAAACAACAGACAGAGAGCCAUGCUGCCCAACAAGAGCAGAGGCGAGUUCACCCGCAACCCGAGGAAAGACUCCGAGGGGAUGUCUGAGUCUCCGGACCUGGAGUUUGAAUAUGCGGACACAGACAAGUGGGCUGCUGAGCUCUCAGAGCUGUACAGUUAUACUGAAGGACCAGAGUUUGCUCUAAACAGGAAGUGCUUUGAGGAGGAGUUCAGAUCACAUGUGUCUGAUAGAAAGUGGGCCGAGCUCGAUGAAGCUCAUCACAGAGCUCACGCUAUGCGCCUGUUAGACGGUCUGGAGAUGAUCGCCCGGGAGAAGAGGCUGAAGGUCGCGAGGGCCAUUCUCUACAUGGCUCAGGGAACCUUCUCAGAGUGCAGCUCCGAGGCUGAGGUGCAGCACUGGAUGAGAUACAACGUCUAUCUGCUAUUGGACGUGGGGACCUUCUCUGCUCUAGUGGAGUUGCUCAACAUGGAGAUCGAUAACAGCGCUGCCUGUAGUAGCGCCGUGAGAAAACCAGCCAUUUCCCUCGCGGACAGCACAGACCUCAGAGUGCUGCUCAACAUAAUGUAUCUCAUGGUGGAGACCAUCCAACAGGAUGACCCGACUGACAGACCUGAAUGGAAAGUCAUCCGGGAAACCUUCAGAGCCGAGCUGGGAUCUUCUCUUUUCAACAACGAACCCAUUUCUGUCAUGCUCUUUGGAAUGGUUACCAAGUUCUGCAGUGGACACGCCCCCCACUUCCCAAUGAAGAAAGUGUUGCUACUGUUGUGGAAGAGCGUACUGUUCACACUCGGAGGGUUUGAGCAGCUCCAGAGCAUAAAGGUGCAUAAGCGCGGGGAGCUGGGUCUACCGCCUCUUCCGGAGGACUGCAUACGAGUUAUACGCAGCAUGAGAGCUGCUUCUCCUCCCGCAUCUGCGUCUGACCUUAUCGAGCAGCAACAGAAGCGGGCACGCCGUGAACACAAGUCUCUGAUCAAACAGGACAAUCUGGAUGCUUUCAAUGAAAAGGACCCUUACAAGGCCGACGACUCUCGCGAGGAUGAGGAUGACAGCGACGACAACGACAACUCUUUAGAAGCAGAGACUUUCCCGAUCGAGAGGGACGAGGUGAUGCCUCCCCCGAUACCUCUCCCUCCCUCAGAGAGGGUCUCCUUCCCCAAAGGUCUGCCGUGGGCACCGAAAGUCAGGGAAAAGGACAUUGAAAAUUUCCUGGAGUCUAGUAGAAGUAAAUUCAUUGGUUACACCCUCGGGAGUGACACAGAUACGGUUGUUGGCUUACCCAGGCCAAUUCAUGAGAGCAUCAGGACAUUAAAGCAGCACAAGUACGUGUCCAUUGCUGAGAUACAGAUUGCAAAGGAGGAGGAGUUUCAGAAAACACCUCUGUCUGGUGGUGAAGAGGAUGUGGAGAUGUGCGCCACAGAGCUCCUCUAUCAGGGAAUCCUACCCAGUUUGCCUCAGUACAUGAUCGCUCUGCUGAAGAUCCUGCUCGCAGCAGCUCCAACCUCCAAAGCCAAAACUGACUCCAUUAACAUCCUGGCGGACGUGCUGCCAGAGGAGAUGCCAACCACCGUGUUGCAAAGCAUGAAACUUGGUGUUGACGUCAAUCGACACAAAGAGAUCAUUGUAAAGGCCAUCUCUGCAAUCCUGCUGCUGCUUCUCAAGCACUUCAAACUCAACCACAUCUACCAGUUUGAAUACAUGGCUCAACACCUGGUGUUCGCCAACUGCAUCCCUCUCAUUCUGAAGUUCUUCAACCAGAACAUCAUGUCUUAUAUCACUGCUAAGAACAGCAUUUCAGUACUUGACUUUCCACACUGUGUUGUGCAUGAGCUGCCGGAGUUAACAGCAGAGAGUCUGGAAGCGGGAGACAACACUCAGUUUUGCUGGAGGAAUUUGUUUUCCUGUAUCAACCUCCUGAGGAUUCUCAACAAACUGACAAAGUGGAAACACUCCAGAACAAUGAUGUUGGUGGUGUUCAAGUCGGCUCCCAUCCUGAAGAGGGCGCUAAAGGUCAAGCAAGCCAUGAUGCAGCUCUAUGUCCUCAAACUGCUCAAAGUGCAGACCAAGUACCUGGGACGUCAGUGGAGAAAGAGCAACAUGAAGACCAUGUCCGCCAUCUAUCAGAAGGUCCGCCAUCGCCUCAAUGAUGACUGGGCGUACGGAAACGAUCUGGACGCUCGUCCCUGGGACUUCCAGGCCGAGGAGUGCGCCCUGCGCGCCAACAUCGAGCGCUUCAACAGUCGCCGCUACGAAAAAACCCAUAACAACCCAGACUUCCUACCUGUGGACAACUGUCUGCAAAGUGUCCUGGGACAGCGCCUGGACCUGCCGGAGGACUUCCAAAUGAACUAUGACCUCUGGCUGGAGCGGGAGGUCUUCUCCAAACCUAUUUCCUGGGAAGAACUGCUACAAUGAAAAUCGACCACUGUCAAGAUCAGGAUGGUUUUAAGAACAGUUUCAAUCAGGAGUUCAGAGAAAUCACCAACGUGCUCUCGUUGAUCAAAUGUUGAUGAAAGCGUUUUGUUACUUAUUCUGUACAGACUGAAGAUCACAGCUGGAUUUCACUCUCAUUCAUCUUCACAUUGGACCAGUGUGAUUUCUGCCGUUUGACCAGGGCUCCAACCAAAUGCUUUUUGUGAUGAAUUUAGCAUACAUGUAAUUUCAGUCCCUCAGACUUUUCCCAAAUGAAAUGGCUGAAAACCAGUGCAGUGCUUAAUCCUGCUUCAUUUGUGGCUGUAACUCAACUCCUAACUUACAUUUCCAGGUGUCUGUGUCCCUCCUACAGCAGAUCACUGACCUCCACCCGGAAGCACCACAUGACACUAUGAUCUCUCUGAAAUUAUAACAAGUUUAUUUAGAUUAUAUUUUAUGUUUUAAAUGUGAUAAGGCUUUAGGAAGUAAAUGUCACAUUCCUUGAUCUCUUACACCUCUUUAAGUCUAUUUUCUUAAGAGAUAUGAAAAGGAACAAGGCUUUGUAGUCAUAAUGUGCAUUAAAAACGAGUUAUUUUCUAAUAAUCAUUUCCUGAAGGGGACUUCUGAUUUCCACAGGGGAUUCUGUGGCUGAGGGUACAGCAGUUGAACAUUAACCAGAAGGUUGGCGGUACAAUUCCAGUGUUCCCUCUAUACAUGACAAUGUGUCCUUGGGCAAGACACUGAUCCCCUGCCCUUCUUUGAAUAAGUGCUGUCCAUAGCUGCAUCGUCUGUGUGGGUGGGUAAAUGGGAAUAACCUGUACUGUUAAGUGCUUUGAGUGGUAAUCAAGUCUAGAAGAGCGCUUUUAUAAACAUUCUGUUUUCAUUCUGUUGCAUUUACAAGUUAUUUCAAUUUAAUCAGUAUUUUUCUGCGCCUCACCUGAAGGCUGCCUACACAUCUUCUCCCUGGGACCAUUUAGACAUUAAUGUACAGGCUUGAAUCUUUGCGUUUUAGAGUAUUUUUGAUGAACUUUGUUAAAAGCGUUUGUAUGUUGCCAUAAUUUGAUUCUGUGAAAGAAAAAUAAUCAUCAGAGCUCUGGUUUGAGAUGAGUGUUACCUGAAGUGAAAAACUCAAUUGGGGGAGAAAAAAGGUUGGCAGUUAACCAUUUUUUUCUCUGUAUUACAUUUUUCUACUUUUUGGAAUUUUGUUUGUUUAUAUAGAUUAAGGAGAAGACAAUACAUGUAUAUUGGGAGACUUAUUUAUCAUGGCUUUGUCAGGUUUAUGACUUCAAAUACUGUAAUAAAAGUAAACUGUC